AUGAACCUGGUUCCUGUGGAUCAAAGAAUAGAUGCAGCAGAAGCAGGAUGGGAAGGAGUGAAAUCAGCUCUAACUUAUUUGCAGCAACUAAUGAACAAUCAGUGUUCUCUAUUUGUGGAAAAGAUGACUGAGAUGGCUACCGAGAACAAGAGAGUUUGUUCCAUGUUUUCAGAGAAAAGAGGUAAAGACAACAGCUAUAGACUACCGUCGCUGCCACCACCGGAAGAUGAAAUAAAGAAGAGAGAAACGGUUCUUAAGGAAGGAGGGACCAACCGGAGGUUUCACAAACUUGAGAUGCUCUUGUUUAAUGGAACUAACGCAGAGGAGUGGAUUUUUAAUGUGGAAAGGUCAUUCUACACGAAUGAGGAUGAAGAAAUGAUGAAGGGUGUUGUGAGAUCUCUAGAAGGAGACGCUUUACUUUUCUAUGAAUGGGAGCAUCGGAGGCGGCCCAUACGAGAUUGGGAAGAGCUUAAAGGAUUAAUACGUCGGCGGUUCAACUCUUCUAACGAUGCAGCAUAA